UUGAGAUGGCACGAUUCAAUACAGCGAGUCUUGGUUUGGUGAUUGUCUUUUUCGUUUUUCCGAGCAUGGUGUUGAGUGCACAAUAUUGGGUCGGAGACGAUGAUAUUGGCUGGGGAACUUUUGGAGAAGAUUACAUGAGGUGGGCUGCUAGCAAAAAUUUCCAUGUCGGAGAUGUUCUCAUCUUCAGCUAUGAUGCAAAAAUACACAAUCUUGUUGUAGCAGCUAAUAGUGACCUAUAUGAGCAAUGUAAUUACACUCCAAACUUGGGAGUGUAUCAGAGCGGCUUCGACUCUUUAACUUUGCCGGUUGCUGGGACGUAUUAUUUCUUCUGUUCAUAUCAUUGCCACCCAUUCGCAAUGAAAUUUUACAUUAAUGUAACCUAGCUACAUAAUCUAAUUGAAAGUAACCUAUGUAGAGAGAAAUCUAGUUAGUAGUUUUUCUUUACAUUAAGAGU